UAAUUAAUCUGCGGACAUCCUAACUAUGUUCGUUACACUUGCUUUCGGGAAUGCUUCGCCGAGUGCAACCAUUACGUCUCACUCUAGCACGCGUAUUUCCAGCGACACGAUCCCGAUUUUUCCACAUUUUCCCACCACCCCGCCCGCUACCGCUGCGUCAACGGUAGCAUAUCGCGAGAUCACAUCACCAACGAAAAGUAAGUGCCACACAGAAAACGUGCGUUCACCCAGAUCUGACGGGACCACAUGUGCACGAGACGAUCCUGCUGCCGUUGCUGAGAUGGUAGAUGAGAAGCGAGAUCAGCUCUUGCUUCUCUUAUUUUUGUCAUUCGUUUCCAAACGCCCGAUCCGUCAGGACGUGCUUUCCGAUUAGUCAUCUGAGCAUUUGUCAAUUUUCCUCUCGAUCGCGCUACUCGCAGCCUUCCCGCAAGUUUGUACAACACAUAGACGGGUGUGUUCGUGUUUCAAUUUAUGCAGGAUUUGUGAUGUGUUGAAGAUGUUUGAAAAUAAGAUGUUUGUUUCCAGUCAGGUGAACAGUGCACAGUUUGACAUUCCAAAAGUUAUCGAUAUUAGUGUACCAAUCGCGAAUUUCAGUAAUAUGUCACUGCUGACCCCGACUACGCCCGGUAAUCUUAAAGACCCGGUUUAUUUCGGGGAAAUGUGUCCCGAUGCAAAGAUGUACUAUGGUGAUAAACCAAAGUGUUCGUUUUCUCCGGCAUCAUCAAGUCAUUCAUCGUAUGAAGAUAAUAAUGGCGAGUUAAGCAAUGAGUUCCCUGCAUUGCUAGGUGGAUCAGGAAGUGCGUGUUAUACGAGUUACGUACAGCACUCGACCACUAUGCAACAGAAGAACGAUGAUCUGUACUUUAAAUUUGAUCCGGAAUACAUCGAAAAGCUGCAGUCAUCGGUGUGUUUAUCUCCGGCGACCACUAUCGCGACCCCACUGACCUCCAACAGUGUUGUAAAUUCUGAGUACUAUAAUUUCAAUGACGUGAAUUGCCAAUCCAAAAACCAAAGUCCGUGCUCGUCACCUUCGUUGGACCCCUGGAUCACUUCAUCGCUUUCAAUGAAUUUCACAAACCCAUCAUCACUACAUCCGUCGGUCUCACCGAAGCACAGUAACGUCGAUGCUCAAUCUGCAUUUCAACAGUUACCUUCGAUCAAAUCCGCCUUUGGCAGUUCCAUUCAAUUUGAUGAUAGUUCUAAAAACAUUGGUUUACACAACCCGCAAGCCUGCUAUAUGAUCGAUUACUUCGAUACGAGCUUCUUGGAUCAGUUUAAUCAAAACGUAGAAAUCAGCAACAACUCGAACACGAGCAGCAACAGCAACGAUGCCUACCAACAUCCGGAGGAAAACUACAACCAUUCUGAGUUGGCUGAAAAACCGAACCGAGAGUUCAAGGAUAUUUGGCAGCAAAAGCAACCGGAACCGGAACGGCAACCUAUGGUAAAGCGGGAAAUACCUGAUGAGGACGACGAGGAAGAUGAUUCAGAUCAACCGCUGGAGUGCCUCUGGAUGGAUUGCAAUUUGAAGUUUCCCGAUCAGGGUACUCUGGUGACGCACAUCGAGAAAAAGCACGUCGAGGUGAAAAAAGGAGAAGAGUUUGCCUGUUACUGGCUGGACUGCCCGAGAAGAUACCGGCCAUUCAAUGCCAGGUACAAGCUGCUGAUCCACAUGCGGGUUCACUCCGGGGAGAAGCCGAACAAGUGUCCGUUUUCUGGUUGCGAAAAAGCCUUCUCCCGAUUGGAAAACCUAAAAAUUCACCAACGCUCACACACCGGAGAACGACCGUACAACUGUCAGUACAUUGGCUGUACCAAGGCCUUUAGCAACAGCUCGGAUCGGGCCAAGCAUCAGCGAACCCAUUACGAUACGAAACCCUACGCCUGUCAGCUCCCCGGUUGCUCCAAACGCUACACAGACCCGUCCAGUCUUCGGAAGCACGUGAAAAAUCAUGCCUGCCGUGCGGAGGGCCAAAUCCGUCGCAAAUCACACAAAGAGCAUACGGUCGGUUCAUCGGUAUCCAGUAGCACGAUCAACUCACUUCGAAGACAUUCGGAAUCCUCCAUCAGCAGCCAGUACGAACCACCUCAAACACCUUCAGCCGAAGCUGCCGACAACGGGUUCGAAUUUGACGAAGUAUUCGAGGAUACCCCCAAUACCGUCCCAUCCGAUAUUGGAGCAUGUCCUACCGGGAAUAAUGUAAACUUUAACGAUAUAUCCAAUUGUUUUGCGCACAUGUUGCCACGAAAUGGGGAACCCAGUUCCUGCGGUGGAACUAGCGUAGCCUGUCAGGAUGAGUACAUUUCGUACGAAUGUGUGAAAAACUUUCUCGCUGAUGGCGAGUACUUAGAGGGAUACCCGAUGGAGGUAGGGUUGAUGGAAUCCGGAACGGAGAGCGCUACCAAAAUAAUCCCUUCUUUCGAGUAUGAUUUUUUUGAUAGCGUUGUUUAAACCACUAAUGUAAAUAAAUCAAGGACAAGCCAAAGAUUAUUAAUUUUUUAGAAAAUACCGCUAAACGAUUGUAAGAUAUUGGUAGUAUCAAAGAGAACCCCGUACUUAAAUGAGGAGCUUUAAGAAAAGAUUGGCGUGUUUCUUCCGAAACUUUAAGUUUUUCGAUUUGCUUUAUUUAGUUAUAAGCCAAAAACCUAUUGAAACCAGAAUCAAUCCAAAGGACAUUGCCAAAUCGAUGUAACCGCUUCCAGUAGUUUCGUAUUUACAUUAAUAGAUCUUAUUCGCCUAGGCUAAGGAUAUGCACGUAUACCAAAAUUGUACUGUUAUGAAAUUGUUAGAAAUUUUAUCGACGAGCAGAAAAGCUAGUGCAAGCGCAAAAGACAUGUUCUCUAUUUGUAUAGAAAUUACAAAAGUUCAAAAAAGCAUUUGUGAUCAUGUUGGUGUUUCUUUUCGGACUGAGUUUGUCUUCCUGUGGCCAUUUCCGAUGUGCUGUAUAUUUGAGGGAAAAUCACAGCCAUGUGAGACGAAGAAUACUAUGUAUAUAUUUUUGCUGAGCUCAGAUUUUUCCAAACAUUGU